GUAUCUUCUUAAACAUAAAAUGAAAUCUCUCAGGGGUAUUCACUAACCGCCUGAAGCUAUUUGGGGGGGUUGUUCUGUUGUCACAAGAUUUCUCCCUCCUCAAUGGAUCAGGAUGUGGACUGUUGCUGACUCUUAAGCCCUUUGACCCCAUUAAGCUGCUAUUGCUGUAAGAAUUCUUUCCCUCUCUCUGAGGGUGAGAUAACCAGCUUUCUUCAAGGCUGCUGGCUGUGCUGGGCCAUAAGCCCCCCUUGUGGUAUAUCAAAAUUGCUCUUCCAAUUGGAUCAUUUUCCCUUCUGCUCCUAUGCAACCCAGUGUGUUGCUUCUCUACUUGUCUGGCCUUAGAACUUUAAAAGUUUGGGGAAGGAUUAAAGUAGACUUUCCAAGGUGGAGAUGUAAAGUGUCAUGUGUGCAUUGAAAUCAGUUAGAGGUGAUGAUAAUUAAAGUGGGCUUUAUGUGAGUAUGAAGAAAGUCCUUAGAUAUGAGAUCUUUGUAUCAACCAGUUCUUAUGUAAAUGGCUCUAACAAACUGUGAAGGGAUUACUGUUUCCGUUCUGUUGCCUUCAGUCUUAGUUCACUUGCUCAUGGAUUUCACAUACUUUGAAUUCACAUGGAUUCACAUGGUGUAAAGGCUGGGCAACCAAAACUGUUGGCUUUUCAGAAAACUGUCAAAUACUUUAACAUCAAACUGUUGCAAUGCAAGGUAUCUUUUUGACUGUUCUUCACCAAAUAUGACUAAGAUUGAGCUGCUUGUAAUUUAUAUUGUCCAUACUGGUUUGUGUAAAUCCUACUCUGUUCUGCUCAUAGAACCAGUAUACAUAUUUAGCUCAUUAUUGUUAAACUUGUGUAUUAUUAAGGCUAAACUAGCAUUAUAAAAUAAGGCUGUAAUAUAACUUUUUGGCUUUGGACUAAAUGGACUUAGCUCUCAUUGAAGUACAGCUUCUGUUAUUCAUAACUACAGAUAUAAUGAAAAAUUCUAGUUAUAUGUAAUUUUCUAUAAUUGUGUACUAUCAUGUCUGUUCAUGGUUAUAUAUUAAACCAUAAUGUAUUUUGUUAUCUGUUAGGUAAAAAGAUUCUAGUUCUCAUGUAGUUUCCAGAUGUAUGGAAAUUGAUACAAGAUUAUUUUUUUAAAAAAGCAAACCUAUCCUGUAUUUCCAUGAGUUCUCUGCAAACUUGUACAUUUCUUUUUCUUUUUCUUGGUAAGACCACUUCCAUGUCUUUGUUGGAGACCUCAGCCCAGAAAUUACAACUGAAGAUAUUAAAGCAGCUUUUGCACCAUUUGGAAGAAUAUCCUGCCCAAGUCCAAAAAGGGGGUAACGAAUUGACCUGAGAAAAUUAAAGAAUUCAGUUAACAGGCGACGGAUGCACGGGUUGUUAAGGACAUGGCAACAGGAAAAUCUAAAGGAUAUGGCUUUGUUUCUUUCUUCAAUAAAUGGGAUGCAGAAAACGCGAUUCAGCAGAUGGGGGGACAGUGGCUUGGUGGAAGACAAAUCAGGACAAACUGGGCAACACGUAAACCUCCAGCUCCAAAGAGUACAUAUGAGUCAAAUGCCAAACAACUAUCCUAUGAUGAUGUUGUGAAUCAGUCCAGUCCAAGCAACUGCACAGUGUACUGUGGAGGUGUUACUUCAGGGCUAACAGAACAGCUGAUGCGCCAGACAUUUUCUCCAUUUGGGCAAAUAAUGGAAAUUCGGGUCUUCCCAGAUAAAGGAUAUUCCUUUGUACGGUUCAAUUCUCAUGAAAGCGCUGCGCAUGCAAUUGUUUCAGUCAAUGGCACAACUAUAGAAGGACAUGUUGUGAAAUGUUACUGGGGCAAAGAAACACCAGAUAUGAUAAAUCCAAUACAACAGCAGAAUCAAGUGGGAUACCCACCGCCUUAUGGGCAGUGGGGUCAGUGGUACGGAAAUGCGCAGCAGCUUGGCCAGUACAUGCCUAAUGGCUGGCAGGUCCCUGCGUAUGGAAUGUAUGGACAAGCAUGGAAUCAGGGAUUCAAUCAGACACAGUCUUCUGCAGCAUGGAUGGGUGCAAAUUAUGGUGUGCCGCCGCCGCCCCCACCGCCGCCGCCCCCACCCCAGGGGCAAAAUGGAAGCGUUCUAACUAGUCAAACUGGAUAUCGAAUGGCAGGUUUUGAAACACAGUGAGAGGAACAGAGAAAGACUCUGGAAUAGAACAACUGGUGGCUUUGAGGCUAUAUAUGGAGCAUUGUAAAACCCUUUGUUUACUUAAAAAAACCUAUCCAAUCAAGUCAGUGCAAAAGUCAGAAAACAGUAUUUAUUUUUAAUCAUGAAACUACGUUGUCCACAUUUUUUUUAAAACACACACACAGGAAAUACUAGAUGCUGGAUAUCUGCCAACUUUUGCCUUCUUUUCCUCUUUUGAGAUGUGUUUCUUAAGAUCCUUGUUUGAAACACAACUAAUGCAGGGAUUUCUGCCACUUUUAGAUUGGGGCAGAAUAUUGCACAAUAUCAAACUUUUUUCCACUGAAGUAGUGUGCAGUUCUAGUUGCAUUCCUAGUAUGACUGAAAAUGUAUAUGAAAAGUUGUACAAAAACAAAACACGCCAAAACUGUGUGAGUUCUGAAGGUUUAUUGUGAUCUUCAGCUUGUGCACAAUUCUGUUCUAAAGAGAGCCUAUUGUAUAAAGUGUCCCAUCUCCUCACUUUUGUUAUACUGGGGUUUCAAAUAUAACUUAUUGGUUUACAUUAUUUUGUAUCUAGACAUUUUUCAAAAAGUGAUUUUUGCCUUACUGUCAGCUGUUAAAUUAUUAAAUGGGGGUGGCGGUGGGAAGUGGUUGGCAGCAGUAGUUGUUCAGAGCUCUCCAACGGAUCCAACUCUUCCUGUUGUUGUUAGACGUGAGAAGGUGCCUGGGAAAUCCCUGUAGGGUUUGUGCAAAGAUCUUCACCGAUGAACUUCAACCCAGUUUCAGAUAUUAUUAAAAAUGUGACACAUUCUAAUGAACCAGCUUUUCUAAAUCUCUCAGUUUUUACAUUUACAUGUAUUCUAUACCAUGUAAACUAUUUUAGCAAAUUAAUAUUUUUCACAAAAGUUGGUCAGCUUUUGUAUGUCUCCUUCUUUGAAAGGGUAAAAGGCAGAGAGGUCUAUGUGACUUAACGAGUAUGAUUCUAAACUUUGGCUUUUUGCAUGUGAAUAUCAAAUACAUUAUUAGAUUUUGAAUACACAAGUCAUGCUCUCAUUUUUCAAAUAUGUAGAGAAUACUUUGGUCUUAGCAACUUUUUACUCAAGUGGAGUAAAUUUGACUUGAUUUAGCAUGUACAGGUAGAGCUCUGAUUACUUGUAGCAUUGUGCGGAUCAGGCCAGGAGUAUGAGGAAUACUCCGGUUAAGCCUGAAGGACCAGCUGGAUUAAGCAUUUUGAAUUGUUCAGAGGCCAAAAAAACCCCUUGCUAUCCUACCUCCUUAACUUAGCCUUCAGAGAGUGCAAAAAAGAAAGCUACCCCUAGGUGUAAUAUUUAUUUAUGUCUGGGCCCGUGGAGGUGUAUGCUUUUUAUUCUGCAUUGGUUGUAGUGGAGCAACGUAUCAAGGGAUUAUUGAGUUUAUGAUAUAUGGAGUGUCCUAUGACAAAUGUGUUUUAUGGAAAUAAGUGACCCUAUGAUAGAGGGUUGGCUUUGGAGAUGUUAAAAUCCUAUUUGUCUUGAUUUCAAUCCCUCACCUUUGGGGAGUGUUCCAUGAUUUGCCGGGUGUGAAUGGUGUUCUAAAAUUUGAAAGUUUGCUACGAAUAUAAUUUUGCAUUGGGAAGGGGUAGAAGAAAAGACGAAAACUUAUGGUGACUCUUGAGAAACUCUUGUCCCUGACUCUGUUUAACAACUGGAAUUCUGUAAAGGAAGCAGAGUAAGAUGGCUUGAGUUCAGUGAAACCUGGCUGUAAAAAACAACAAUCAAAAACCAAUUUUUACCCUGAAAGCAGGGUCUGGCUCCCCAUAUGUUUAAAAAAGUGAAGCAUACUGAAAAGAUAGUUUUAACUCAUAGACCACUCUUAUUUCUGCCUCCUUGCUGCCUUUUAAACAUGCUUAAACAUAUCUUUAAAAUUAUUUUUACCACCUCUGCCUGUACAAUUAUUUCAAAAGAGGACAGGAAUAGGUUUGAGGUGAGUUUGGUGCCGCACUGGAAUUUCUAUGUGUGUAUUUUCACCAAUAGAACUGCCCAGGUUUAGUUGUCUUAAAUAAAAUUCCUGUCAUUAGAACUGUCUGAGAGACUGUUACCUAGUUUAAAAAACACACAAACAAGGCUUUUAAUAUUAUGUCAGUGCUGGUUGCUUUUCCCCUACUCUCCGUUUGGGCACCCAGGAAAGACAUGAAUUUCAGGUUAUUUUUGUUGAGCAUAAUUAAAGUCUUAAAAUUCUAAAGUUCCUCAGAUUUAGAAAUGCUUUGAGAAAAAUGAAUGGAUGAGGCCCUUCCAGUUAUACAAUUGUUACUGCUAAGCUACUUCUGACUAGGAUUUUUCAUACUUUUCUGGAGGUCACUUCUGCUACAUAAGCCACAUUAAAAACUAGUUGCUUACCAAGUGUCAGCCUCUUCUGCUGUAACUUCUCCAGUGGUCCUACAAAAAAAAGUAGGUGAAGCAUUUGAGCCCACUUCUUUCUCUCGCUAUUGCCCUUUUCCUUCUUGUUUUUAGUUUAAGCAUAAGCAGCCUUUCAGUUUUAAAAGGGAGUCUUCUUAAAAUACGGUAAAUGUAAAUGAGAGUAAUGCCCCAUACAGAUAACAAAGGAGGAUAAAGCUGCCUGGGGUAUUGUUUUUGGGUUAUUUUGUUUUUAAAAGUAGCAGCCCCAUUUUUGUCUCUGUAUGAACAUUGAAAGCUUCGUUUGAACUAAUGUAUUUUGAUACUUGUGUUUAGAAGUUCAAGAACUUCACUCCAGAAGCCGUGACUUUUGAAAGCCAUUAAGAUGUUAAUAAAAGAUGUGAGCUUGCGUA